GUACUACCAGGUGCUGAACUUCGGCAUGAUCGUCUCGUCCGCCCUCAUGAUCUGGAAGGGGCUGAUGGUGGUGACGGGCAGCGAGAGCCCCAUCGUGGUGGUGCUGAGUGGAAGCAUGGAGCCUGCGUUUCACAGAGGAGAUCUACUGUUCCUCACGAACCGAAUUGAAGAUCCAAUCAGAGUGGGAGAAAUCGUGGUCUUUAGGAUAGAAGGAAGGGAAAUUCCUAUAGUCCAUCGCGUCUUGAAAAUUCAUGAGAAGCAAAACGGUGACAUCAAAUUUUUGACAAAGGGUGACAAUAACGCCGUUGAUGACAGAGGGCUGUACAAACGAGGGCAGCACUGGUUGGAGAAAAAGGACGUAGUAGGACGAGCGAGAGGGUUUGUGCCCUAUAUUGGAAUAGUGACUAUCUUAAUGAAUGAUUAUCCAAAAUUUAAGUAUGCAGUCCUCUUUUUACUGGGUUUAUUUGUGCUGGUCCAUCGAGAGUAGCCUCUUGCACUGAAGUACAAAGUGAAGGUGCCAUGGAUUUUUUUUAGAUGAACAUUUUAAGUAGAUGAUGGUCCAGUGUGCUGGGAGGAAGAAGAAAACAGGCAUUUCAAAGCUUCUUGCCAGUUUGGGUUUGUUUUGGUUUUUACUGCGUAAGGGCAAAUGUUUGUCACUGUAUUUCCAAUUGUUUGUCACAUUAGCAUUUUUAGUAAGUUUUUAUAUUAAAAAUUUAAGCCAAACUGUUCAGUGUUUGUACUUUGAAGCUGAGCUUCCUCUCAAAGUGCCUACAGGACUGUGUCCUCUAAGUCUCUGCCUCUGCUAGGCAAGCAUGACCUCUCCCUGUGCUGACUGAACUGUGAAACGGUGAGCUGAGGAGGUGAUGUUUCUUCUAAUUCAGAACUGGAAUAAAGAUUUUGCAUCUUGCC